AUGGAGGAUUGGCGCGUCGUGGUGAGGCAGGACCACGGCCAGAAGACGGCGAGCAAUGACCCAAAUGCGGUAAUACAGACCAUCACGAACCCAACAAGCACGGCUGGGGGACCGGGAGGACAGCUUCCACCCUCGACCACGAGCAGUCAGGCAGCGUCCGUACCGUCGAUUUCGACCAACUACGUCACGUUCAACGAAGAGAAAAUAUUCACCACCGACAACACGUUUAACGAUGGCACUUCCGACCGCAUAUUCGUCGCAGAUUGGAUGAAACUCAAUGCUGUAAACUUCACCUAUUCUUGGGAGGAUAGCAGUUUCGAGCCCCUCAACGUAUCAUUGAUAGUGGUGAACCAAAACAACAAGGAUGUCGACCACACAAACGUCAGCGCCUCAAGCAGCUCAUCGCUCUCUUUAACAAAUGGGUCUAUAAAGUUCAAUUACACCAAGUUGACUGAAGGCGCAGAAGAGGGCCAAAGCAGCGCACAAUCCAGCGUGGACGGCUUCGUCCUCGCCCUGGACAUGUAUUGGCAGUCCAAAGGCAAAUCUCUCAUUGGACAUUCCUACUCCCCGUACUUUGGUAUCCUUGCAAAUGCAGAGAGCUUCAGAGCUAGCAACCUUCAGAAUACGAUUGCCACGUACGGGACUAACAAGGACGGUCGGGAUGCCGACGUCACCACGGUUGCCAUCCCAUCAAGUAGCAGCAGCAACACGGCCAGUGACGGCCACAGCAACCCCUCGAGCGGCGGCGGCGGCGGCCUAAGCACAGGAGCCAUCGUGGGCAUCGCCAUCGGUGGCGCGGCCGGCCUGGCCAUAAUCGCCCUCGUCGCGUGGUUCCUGCUCCGGCGCCGCAAGAGCAAGUCCCAGAUCGUGGACACGCACGGCGCCUCCAACGCCUACAUCGCGGACAAGGACUCGACCGCCCAGUCGCCGCAGUCCCCCUACGCCGACGACGUCAUGCACAACCCUCGCGCCGACAGCUCGUCCCUCCACAACGCCCACGCCGACAACGUCCCCGGCCCUCGCGAUGGCAGCGGCACGGCGACGCCCUCGGGACUCUCGCGCAACGUUGCUCAUCUGGUCGAGGAGGGCAUGACGGCGGACGACAUCGCGCGCCUGGAAGAGGAAGAGAGGCAACUCGACGACGAGAUCGAGCGCGCGGCCAGCCAAGCAGCGAGGCGGUAG